UUUUAAAGUUAAGUCAAAAUGCCAAUAAGACCAGAUCUCCAGCAGUUGGAAAAAUGCAUUGAUGAUGCUUUAAGGAAAAAUGAUUUUAAACCUUUGAAAACACUUCUACAAAUUGAUAUUUGUGAAGAUGUGAAGAUUAAAUGCAGCAAACAGUUUUUCCACAAGUUAGAUGACCUUAUGUGCAGGGAGCUUAAUAAAAAAGAUACCCAAACUGUUUCAACCAUUUUGGUUUCUUUUGGAAGAUGUGGCAAAAAUAUCAGUAUAUUGGGGCAAGCUGGACUUCUAACUAUGAUAAAACAAGGACUAGUCCAAAAGAUGGUUGCCUGGUUUGAAAAAUCCAAGGAGAUUAUUCUGAGUCGGGGAAAUUCAAAAGAUGAAGCUGUUAUAAAUAUGAUAGAAGACAUACUUGAUCUUUUGAUGGUCAUACAUGACGUCGAUGAUGAAGGUAAAAGGCAAAUAGUGGAAAAUUUCGUGCCUCGAAUUUGUGCCCUGGUUAUUGACUCAAGAGUGAAUAUUUGUAUUCAGCAGGAGACUCUAAAAAAAAUGAAUGUGAUGCUUGACAGAAUGCCUCAAGAUGCCAGGAAAAUACUCUGUAACCAACAAAUGUUAAUUCUCAUGAGUAGUAUGGGAGAAAGGAUUUUAGAUGCUGGAGAUUAUGACUUGCAAGCGGGUAUCGUUGAAGCUUUAUGUAGAAUGACCACAGAAAAACAAAGACGAGAACUGGCUUGUCAGUGGUUCUCAAUGGAUUUUAUUGCUAAUGCAUUUAAAGGAAUUAAAGACUCUGAAUUUGAAACAGAUUGCAGGAUAUUUCUCAACCUCGUAAAUGGCAUGCUUGGAGACAAGAGAAGGGUCUUUACAUUUCCUUGUUUGUCAGCAUUUCUGGAUAAAUAUGAGCUGCAAAUACCAUCAGAUGAAAAACUUGAGGAGUUUUGGAUAGAUUUUAAUCUUGGGAGCCAGACUCUAUCAUUCUACAUUGCUGGAGACAAUGAUGAUCAUCAGUGGGAAGCAGUCACUGUGCCUGAAGAAAAAGUGCAGAUAUACAGCAUUGAAGUGAGAGAAUCGAAGAAGCUACUGACUGUAAUUCUGAAAAAUACAGUAAAAAUUAGUAAAAGAGAAGGGAAAGAAUUGCUUUUGUAUUUUGAUGCAUCAUUAGAAAUCACUAAUGUGGCACAAAAAAUUUUUGGUGGAAAUAAAUAUAAGGAAUUUACCAGAAAACAAGGUAUAUCUGUUGCCAAAACAUCUGUGCAUAUUCUUUUUGAUGCAAGUGGAUCACAGAUUCUAGUCCCAGAAAGUCAAAUCUCAUCAGUUGAAGAAGAACAUAUUAGUUGGAAAGAAAAAGCUAACCUCCAAGAAGAAUUUACUAAACCUCCAAAAUAUAUCAAAAACAGUAAUCAAGGGGAUAGAAAAAAUAGCCAGCCUGAGAUAAUUACUCCUAGCAAAAGAAAAAUGUCUGAAGCAUCAAUGAUUGUUCCUGGUGCAGAUAGAUACACUGUGAGAAGUCCAAUACUUUUAGUCGAUACAUCAACACCACGAAAAAGAAGAAUUAAACCACCACUGCAAAUGACGAGUUCUACAGAAAAACCUGGUGUUUCGAAAACAUCGGAACAAGGAGUGGAUUAUGCUGUAUCACUUAAAUCUAGACCAUCUGAAGAGAAAAAGAGAGGAGAUAAUAUAGACAAACCUAUCAAAACUACUAAAGUUGUAGAAAAGACAGAAAAUAAGGACACUGAAUUCCCAAACCAAAAUUUUAGUGAAUUCCAGGAAAUUGUUCUCGAUUCACAGCCAGCAGGAAGAAUAGAUAAACCUGUGUUACCUGAUGUUUUAGACAAUACCUGUGGAGAUAAAAUGCACUCCAAAUGGGCAUGUUGGACACCUGUAACAAAUAUUAAGCUGUGUAAUAACCAAAGAGCAAGUACUUCAUCAAGAGACACAUUUAAUCAAGAUAUUGUUAUCAACCAAAAACUUAGUAAACAAAAGUCAUCCUCUUCAAUAUCUGAUGAUGAUUCUGAGGAAGCAGGAAAGGUACAGUAUAGGAAGGAGAUAAUGCAGCAUAACAGAACAGAUAAAGCAGAAGCAGAUGACUGCCACCAAAGCAGACAACAACUAGGUCACUCUACACACUCGGAGGAGAAAAGUAUUGAGAAUACCAAGCAGAGUGAUUGGUGUAUUGAAUCUGAAACUACUUUUAAAUCAGUUCUCCUAAAUAAGACAGUUGAAGAAUCUGUGAUCUACAAGAAGAAAUACAUGUUGUCAAAAGAUGUGAAUAGUGAUAUUUGUGAUCAAAGCCCUUCUCCUCAAAAAAAUGCAAAAAGUCAUAGAAAAUCAGGGAGAAGAUUGACAUCUGAAUUUAAUUCCUGGAAUCUGAAACAAAAAAACACAAGAGAAAAAUCAAAAGGGAAAGGAUUUACUGAUGCAGCAGAAUCUUUGAUAAACCAAAUUAAUAAGCGAUACCAGCCAAAGGACAGCAUACAGUCUGCAAGAAAAUCAAAGGAGUCUUUGAUUGACAGUGGUUUUUCAAACAAAUCAGAUCUACAGCUCGGUAAGGAGAAGGUUCAGAAAAAAAGUUAUAGACAACUGAAGACUACUUUUGUUAAUGUUACUUCAGAAUGCCCAUCGGAUGAUGUUUACAAUUUUAAUUUGAGUGGAGCUGAUGAGCCUGUUAUUAAACUUGGAAUGCAAGAAUUUCAAGCUACAGCUAGAGAAGCCUGCGUGGAUAGUUCAAUAACAUUGGUAGGUUUAAGGAAUCAUGAUGAACUUGAACCUUCUCUCAAAGCAAAAGAUAAAAGAAUUGGAUCAGAUUGUAAAAAGAAAAAUCCUUUUAGUGAUAGUGACACAGAAUAUAGAUGUGAUGACAGCAAGACUGAUAUUAGCUGGCUAAGAGAACCAAAAUCAAAACCACUGAUGAUGGACUACAGCAGAAAUAAAAAUGUGAAAAAACGUAAAAAUGGGAAGAAAUCAAGACCAUCUUUGGAAAGGGCACAACCAAGAUCUAAAAUGACAUCCAACAAAAUCAUUACCAAAAAGGUAGAUGAGACAGUUACAUAUGGGAGAACCAGACUUCCACGAAGAGCAGCAAAAACCAAAAAAAAUUAUAAAGACCUCUCAAAUUCAGAAUCAGAGGGUGAACAAGAAUUUUCAUGUUCAUUUAAAGAAAAAGUUCUAGUACAGGAGAAGAUUCAUUCCAGAAGCAAAACCAUGAAACUGCCAAAGAAACAGCAGAAUUCCUUCACUGCCAAAACACAAAAGGAUGUAUCAAAAGAAUGGAAAAUCUCAUCUCUCCUGAAAGAUGCUGGAAGAGAUAAUAGUCUUGACCCAUCUCCUAUGUCUUUAUCUGGGAGUCCAUCAUCUAUAGAAGUAAUGAGAUGUGUAGAGAAAAUAACAGAAAGAGACUUUACUCAGGAUUGUGACUGUAUAGCAGAAUCAGUAUCACCUGAUCCAAAAACUUCAUCACCUGAAUCCUUAAACAGUGGAGUUGGAGGUCCAAUAAAGUCAUCCAAAAACAGUGAUAAAACUUUACUGUGUACAAAAGAAAGUUCAUCUCCCAUACCUUUGCCAGCAUUUCUCGUCUUACACUCUCCAACAGGAUCGAACCCAGGUCUCCUGCAUUGCAGGCAGAUUCUUUACCAUCUGAGCCGCCAGGGAAGCCCAAAUUGCAACAGCUAUUCAGAUUUAAACAGUUAUACUUCGGAAAAAUUUAUGGAAAUUGAACCUCCAAAUAUGAAAGAAAAUGCAUAGCAGUGUGAGAGAGAGAAAAGUCAUUCAGCAUCUCCAUUAUCCACGUCUAGUGAAGAAAGAGAGAAAACAUGGUACGGCAUGCCCAGUGACUCCACACAUAUGUCAGGCUGUAUACAACAUCUCAGUCGCAAACGAAUGUACACAGAAGAUAGUCUAAAUAAUUCUGGUGAAGUGGAAGAAGAAAGAGCAAACUUGCUUCCCAAAAAACUCAGUAAAAGCGAAGAUGCAGAUCAUCACACCUACAAAGUGUCCAAAAGUAUAUCUCCGUUAUCAGCAAAUGACUUUUCUAUUCCUUUGGAGAACUGGGAAACUGAAAUUUCAGAUGUAGGGAUGAUGAUGUGUGAGCAGCUCAAUACAGAAUUUCAGAGGAAAGUUAAUAUCCGCCACAAAAUGAUGGAUUAUUUUACUAAACAGACUUGGAAAACAAUUCAACAACAUAUAAAAGCAAUCAACCAGAAGAUUCAGGAGUACAGGAUCAAAAAACUUGACAAGUUCCAGUUCAUCAUCAUAGAGGAGCUGGAGAAUUUUGAAAAAGAUUCACAGUAUUUAAAAGAUUUGGAGAAGGAAUUUGUGGACUUUCGGGAAAAGGUAUUUCAGCAGUUCAGUGCCUAUCAAAAACAUGAACAGCAGAGACUUCACCUUUUAAAAGCUUCAUUGGACAAGAAUGUCUUCUACAGCACUGAUUGUGAAGAAAAUAUUGUUACAUCUCAGAUGUGUUUGAUGAAAGAAAACAUGAAAAUGCUGCAAGACAGACUUCUUAAGGAAAUGCAAGAAGAGGAGCUUCUCACUGUACGCAAAGGACUGAGGUCAUUAUUCAUGGCUCAUGAGAGAAACAGUAUUUGAUGUCUAGUUGUUCUCAACAAGUUUUAUCCAAUUAUUCCUGUUUAGCUUAGGAAAUAUCAGAGUAGCUCUAUAAAGAAAAGACAUGUUACCCAAGCAAGAGUACCUCUGUGGAACCCUCUAAAUUCAAAGAACUGUCUGUCCUCUGCUGGAUAAGAAAGAACCUGUAAUCACCAUAACAUGACUUAGCCGUAAAGCCUUUUGUCUGUGCAAUACUUUUUUCAGAAAGCUUUGGGAAACCAAUCAGUAGAAGAAUUGGCUUACUUUUAUAGUAAUAUUUACAUGAGACAAAUAUUA